AUGAAGACGACAACACUACUCGCAGCCGCAAUCGCUGCUGCUUUCCCAGCAUACGCCGCCACAGCAACCUCAUCAGGCAUCGAAGAGCCGUCAGCAGCACCGACGCUCGGAGCUCAGGUUGUCCAGGGCUGCUUCUCAUCAUGGGGAAACUUGAUCUUCAACUCAACGCCUAGCUUUAACUCGAAGAGUGCUUGCGCCGUCGACAUCUGCUACGCUGGUGGCUUUAAAGUUGCGGCGACGACCGGUGGAAACCAGUGCUACUGCGGUAACGAAUAUCCACCCAAGGACACGGUCGUGGACGACUCCAAGUGUGACACGCCUUGCCCAGGCUACGGUCUUCAAGCAUGUGGUGGCAUCGAUUUUUACACAGUUUACAACACUGGCAUCAUGCUGUCAGUCUCCUACUCCGCCGACAAUGACACAUCCUCUGCCUCAGGCACUGCCACUCCAAGCGUGGUCGCAUCAUCCACAGUCGUGUCAGGCGGCCAGACUAGUGUUGUGUACGUGACUGCCACCCCAACGGAUGCAGCAGACGAUAAGAAGGGCUCCACGCCUAUGGGAGGAAUCAUCGCUGGCGUUGUGGUAGGUGUAGUGGUUCUUGGUGCAGCAUUUGGCGGCCUUUGGUUCUACAUGCGCCAGAAGAGGAACCGGGAGAUCGAGGAAGAGCACCGACGCAAUGCAGCGGUCAAUGCUUUCAUGGGAGGCAAGCCACCCGGCAGCAGCGGUGGCUACUCCAUGGAGACAGACACCCGUUUGGAUCCCGUAAUGGCUCAAAGAAGAAUGAGCAGUGGCAGCAUUGCCGACAACCAAGAUUACUCGCGACGAAUCCUGCGGGUCACCAACGCGUGA